AUGAUUAAAGAUCCUCGCCGCGAUCAAACCUUUCCGGCAGAGAUGCCGCUCAUCAAACUGAAGCCCUCAUCCGCCGAUACUCCAGACGCCAUGAGUGCCGGAUUUACCGCUGCGACCUCCCGCAACGCCGACGUUGCAGGCGGCGCACAGCCUGCUGUCAGCAGCAGCAACGCUACGGACGCAUCAGAGGAGAAGAUCAAGCUAUCUAAUGGCUUCUGUGAGCCCAACAAGGUAUCCAUCGCCUGGGUCAACUACCGCGCCAAGAUCAUCAAGAUCUCCCUCAUCGUCGCCGCCCUCUGGCUGGCCGCAUACGCAUUCAUGGAGGUCUUCAACGCUGUCUGGCAGAACGGGGGCAGUGGCACCACCACCACACACACACAAGGCGGCCAGGGCGGCGGCCCCUAUCUGCAGGGGAAAGCGGGCAGAAAGAAGGUCAAAUCGGUUGCUGCUCACGUCAUGCUGCCCAGGAUGAUCAGGGCCAGCCACCAGGAUGCCAACCGCACUCUGCCUGUCGAUGCCAUGAUGUACGACAGUGAGGACUUUGAGGGCACGGCAGGCGUCGUCAAGAACUGGCUGGAGCGGUUUGCUGAUCUCGACGUGCGGCUGCUGGACUCACAGCUGGCACAGCAGACGCCCCCGGUGGUGUUCCCUCCCGCCUCAUUGCUGGACCCGGAGACUCUGCUGGACUGGUAUGAGCAGCGGGGGAGUGUGUUCAUCUGGCUGAUCAACGGCGACACCAUGAACAAGUACGGGUCCUCCCAUAUCCUCUGCCACGAGACGGAGCGGCUCAUCAGGGAGCUCAACACACAGACCUUCGACUGGUCCAAGAGCCCCCAGGACCAGGGGCGCAUCCGGCUGCACGCCAGCUGCUUGUCGUGCGACACGGCCUGCUUCCGCUCGGGGUCGAAGGGCACAAUGGGCUUCCGGUUCCUGGCGGCCGUGCACGUCAAUGGCUGGUAUGACAGACAGACCGACAGACAGACAGACAGACGAACAGAGACACAGAGAGCAGGAAUAAACACGGAAGGACUCUUUCUCUUGGUCCAGGUGCGAUUGUCUAGACGAGGACGUGCUGUACUCGACCGCUCACGCCGUCCUGGUCAACGACGCCGCCAAAGGGCCGGUCAUCGAUGGGGUCGUGCCCACACUGGGCGUCCCAGUGGCUGUGUAUCUGACCAGCAACCUAUACAUGUGGCAGAAGUGGCGGGAGGAGGCCGCCAAGCUGCCCGGCGACCCCCCCGAUGUCUUUCUGCUGCCUGCUCCUCUGGCCGUCAAGAGGGAGAGCGUGUGGCGCCUGCAGGCACUCGCGAAGGUCACAAUGACCGUCACAUAGAAAGCAUCAACACAAGGGAAGGUCCACCGCAUAGUUUCCUUGUCUCAGGCAACCGAUCUGGCCAAUCCUGCCGACCGACCCUUGACAGUCGGCUUUCACACGAGCUGCUGCAGCGAGAGCAUCGGGUGCGGGAGAAAAGUCCUACACAUAAAUACCGUUUUUGUGGAUUCUUCUUCUCUGCAUUGCAGGUGUCCAGGGAAAGAGGAUUCCCUCGGUUGCUGCUUCAAGCCUGGGUGCGAGAGCGUCCGGUCGUUCAUCGACAAAGUCAAGACACAUGUCAAGCGGCGAUACACACCAGGUUGGCAAGGGAAAAGAGGACACACGGCACACAACGCAAAGGUCAGAGUGGUGUGUGGGUGGCUGAUUGAUUUGAUGUCUGCAGAUAAGGUGAGGGUGUUGGAUUUGCCCAACGAUGUGUGGAAGGACCGGGAGGAGAGAUCCAAGGCGCUGCAGGAGGUCCGAGACACACCACAAAUAAAUCCACACAGACAUCCAUCUACACGUGUCUCUCCCUCCUUCUCCGUCUGUCUGUCUGUCUGUGUCAGAACGCGACAGCUUUGCUGACAAAUGAGCUGUCUCGUUUUGACAUCGGUGUGGUGUGGGCCCCCUCCAGCUCGCCCGACGCCACUCCCGUGUUGUCCAAGAAGGUCGACGAGACCACCCCCGACGAGCGGCGGCUCUUCACCUUCCCAUCGUGGUUCGUCACACACCUCGCCAUGGGCAUUCCCACUAUCGCACACCACGGGUGAGUGAGAGACGCAGAGAGUGGCGGACGUGCUUAUGCAGUGUGUGUGGGGGUGUGGGGUGUUUCUGUAGGGUGGCCGGGGUGCAUGAUGUGACUCUGCGUUCAAAGAUGAGGACGGUGGUGGACAUGGACGAGCAGGCCAUCCGGCUGCUCGACAGGCUCAUCCAGAGCCCAGCUUAUCGUGCAGAGCUGACGGCAGAGGCAGUGGCACUCGCGCGCGAAUACGACCCGGCCGCAUACACAUACCGGUCGGUACACACAGCUGAAGUGCGCAUGCACGAAGAAGACCACAUGUGUGUGUCAUGUGUGUCAGGUGGCUGCCUGUGCUGAGACGUCUGAUCGACAAGACACUGGAGCUGAAGCGCAACAUGGCUGCAUCGGGGGGGCAGGGUGAGCAGCCUUGAUUGAGGCCGCGCAG